AAAUCUCAUAUAUAAAGUAGAUCAAAGUAAUCUCUGCCGUUUUGGUUUGUGUGUUUCCUGCUAAAUUUCAAAAAUGUCCCAGCCUGUUGCAGCGAAGGCCCGUGUUAUUAAGAUCCUGGGUCGUAUUGGAGCCUGUGGAAUACUUACCGAAGUCCAGGUGCAGCCGCUCGACUUUCCCAAGAUGCAUUUUCGCCGCAGUGUCAAGGGACGCGUUCGCAUUGGGGAUAUUAUCGAUUUCGUGGACACUGAAUUGGCAGGACAGCCGUCGUGCAGGAGCCACAGUAACUUCGGGGAAAUUGAAUCGGCACUCAAAAUCCACACUCAGGACACCAAAGGAGGCAAAACUGAAAAGUAACGAGGAUUAAACAAAUGAAAUUUGACUAAGGACUUAUAAAAUUAUAAAUUAUAUAUAAAAUUAAAAUUAAAUACUUAAA